CGCUUUCUUGUAAAUCACGUGACCUUCAGAAAAUGGAUAAUGGCCAGUGUAUAAAAUCAACCCUGGUUCUUUCUGUCUGCAAGUAUCUGUAGAGAGUCAGAGAAAGAAGCACUUGAACAAACAGACAGAAAAUGUUCAGUUCAGAACCAGGAUCACAAAUAUGUGAUGCAAUCAUCAAAGAAAGUAGUGUAAUUGAGGAGGGGCCUCCUACUCGAUAUCAUCUGAAACCCAGGACAGACUCUCGUGAUCCAUCUAAACCAUACAUAAAAGUUACCUUUGGGGAGAGAGACACAAAUAAACCCCAUAAAAUCAUUCUGAUGGUGGGAGAAACAGGAACAGGGAAAACAAAACUAAUCAAUGUGAUGAUCAACUACAUGUUGGGUGUUCAGAGAGAAGACAAGGUUUGGUUUGAGAUCACAGAUGAUCAGAGCGACCGAACACAAGCUCACAGUCAGACCUCCAGCAUCACUGUUUAUGAGUUUUAUCUACAAGAGAGUCCAAUCCAUUUAACAAUCAUCGACACUCCAGGAUAUGGAGACACACGUGGAAUUGAGAAAGAUAAAGAGAUUGCCAGGAAUUUGUUUGGUUUAAGCAGUGAUGACUGCAUGCUUAAACUAGAUGCAGUGUGUCUGGUGAUUAAAGCAGACCAAAAUAGACUCUCUGAAAGACAAACAUACAUAUUUGAUGCUAUUCAGUCCUUAUUUGGGGAAGAUAUUACUGAAAACAUUGUCUUGCUCCUCACACACUCGCGUGGAGUUCACCCUAAAAAUGCUCUGACGGCUGUUGAAGAGGCUAAAAUCAAGUGUGCAGUAAAUGAGCAGAAUCAGCCAGUGUUUUUCCAGUUUGACAACUGUCAAGGAGAGACAUUUCUUCCAGAAUACCAGAUGGCACAAAAGCAAACAUGGGAUCUCAGUUUAAGUGAAAUUACAAAAUUUUUUACAUUUAUUGAAAACAUAAAACCAAAAACACUGAAGAUGACUCAAGGUGUUUUGCAGAAAAGGAAGCAGUUGGAGACAAAUAUCUCUAAUCUACAAUUAACUGAUCAAAAAAUCAGCCAAAAGCAAAAAGAGCGGAAACAAGCUCAGGAAGCUGUGGAAAAAAACAUGAAAGUUGCUGAAGAAAACCAGAACUUUGAGUAUGAAGCUGAUGUGGUCUACAAAGAGAAGGUUGAUAUUGAUCCUGCUAUAGCCAGUGUGGCGAUGUGCUGCACCAUCUGUAAGGAGAACUGUCAUUAUCCAGGAUGCUGGUGGGUCAAAAAUCUCUCAUGGUGCGAAGUGAUAAAAAAUAAUCACUGUACAGUGUGUACUAAUAAAUGCCACUACAGUAAACAUAUCAAAGAAGACAAAAUAUAUGUAACAAAGAAAAAUAAGGAGAAAAAGACAAAUGAAGGAUUAAAGAAGAAAUAUUAUAACAGUAUAAUAAAAAUUAAGGAAGGUGUGUUUUUGGUCAAGAAGCUGGAAGAAGAAUUACAAAAAUUAGAGAAAAAGAAAGUAAAGAUGGUGAUGGAAACUUUUAACUGUGUUGAAACUCUGGAUUUUAUCGCACUUAAUACUGAUUCAUUGAUCAUACUUCAGCAUGUUGAUUUUCUGAUUGAGAAGCUCAAGGAAAUCAGUGAGCCUGGAAAAGCGAAAACACUAGAAAACAUCAAGAAGAGAGCAGGAGAAGAAAAAAACAGAGCUGUGAGGUACAUGAAAGAAUUGUACAAAUAAUCAUGUGAUAUUAUGCUAUAUUAUCAUUGUAUUCAUUGAUCAAAGAAUGCAUAUACAGAAUUCAUGAGUUUGAUUAAAAUCUUGGUAAACAGUUAUUUAUCAAAAUUUUUAUGUUGUCUAAAGAAUUUUGUGCAGUAUAUUAAUAGUUUUUUUAUUUAUAUAGUUCAUUUGACUCUUGAUUUAAAAAAAAGAAAAAAAAAAGUUGUUACACAAAACC